AACUUUUUGUGUUUAUUUCUGUUAAUUCAUAAAGUUGGAAAGUAGCCAACAGCUGUUCCCAGUUUUAGUCCUCACAAGUGCCUGCUGAUGCUGGAAAGUGGAAGUUCCCAGUUUAGAAGACCAUCUGUCUUCGGUGAGCCACGGCAGAAGUGGAAUGAAAGAAACGACGACCACAACGUGAUGGCUGGUCUGAGCGGAUUUUCUAUUUUAGCUCGUGGCUUUUUGGCUGGUACCAUCUCAACAGCAACUUUGGCAUCAUUAUAUACGUAUGCGUACAAAACAGACAUACAUGUUGAAUACAAAGAGGAUCUUUUCAGUGGGAAGUCACAUUUGACUGCACACGCCUCAACCAUCUUAAAAUAUGGAGCUCCGGACCGAGGACCAAACAUCAGAUUGUACAACAAUCAUGUCCUUUCUUACGACCAAAGCAAAAAGAUACCUUUAUGGGUGGCAGAACACCUGACGAAGGAUAAUUUAAAAGGUCAAGCCAGUCGGAGGAAGUCCAAGUUCAAGUGUGACCCUGAUAUACCAAGGAUGUUUUCUGCCAGAAAUGCUGACUAUCUUGGGAGUGGUUGGUCCAGAGGUCACAUGUCCCCAGCUGGUGAUAAUAAGAGAGAUCAGGAGGCCAUGGAUGACACAUUCUACCUGUCCAACAUCGUGCCCCAGAACCUAGACAACAAUGCUGGGUUCUGGAAUCUAUUUGAGAUGUAUUGUCGGGACUUGACCAAGAAGUUUUCCGAUGUUUUUGUGAUAAGCGGUCCGGUCUUCUUGCCAUCUGAAGAAAAUGGAAAGAGAUAUAUGAAAUAUGAGCUGACUGAUGAAGAUGACGUUGCCGUUCCAACCCACCUCUACAAAGUAAUCGUUGCUGAAAAUUCAAACCUCCAGACUCUCGGCGCUUUCAUCGUUCCAAAUGAGCCAAUCAAAGUGAAGCAGAGUUUGAAGAAUUACGAAGUGCCUCUCGAACAGUUAGAGUCUUCCACCGGACUGCACUUCCUGGAAAAAUUUGAUCGAUCGUCUGCUCGUAAUUUAUGCGAGGUCGAAGGUUGUAAAUUAUCCAAUAAGGAGGAAUUAGAUUUGUUUCAUAUUCAUAAGCGUAUGGCAGGAGCGAAAGAUCAGAUAGCAUUGGACAAAGCUUGGUCAGAAUUGGCUAAGAAAAACUAUAAACCAACAAAGAAGUUGCAGGAUGCUUAUAAUGAGAAACUGAGGUCUUUCAGGGAGUUAUGAGGAACAUUAUCUUGAUUAUGUUUAUUUGGCAAAUGAUAAAUUUAGUGAUGAUUUUAAAGUAAAUUUAUUAGAAUCUCAACAAAAGUCAUGUUUAAGACAUUCCAGUUAGCUAGAAAAUGAGUAAAUUUUGUACCAGUGUGUUCAUGCUGUUUUCAUUUUUGUAGACAAAAAUAAUCAUGUGGGUACUUUGUUUUAUCUGUAGCAUAAAUUACUGUGUUAUAAUGGGCAAUAUUAUUUCAUCAUGUGAUCACUUUAUGCAUAAAUCAUUGACACUUUUUCUUGUGGUUUCUGUAACAAAUACCAGUAUGUUCAGUGUAGCGUGCUGUUGUUUAUACCAGAUGUUAAUACCCUCAAGGGUUUUACACUUCUAAUGAAGGACUAUUGCCAAAAGGUGGCAGAAUAGUAAGCGGUCCAAUACUGUGGAUGAAAUCAAUAUGAGCUGGACAUUCUAUUGUGUACUUGACCGCUAACAGCUGCCGCCUACCGGUAAUCAAGUUCCUCAUUACUUUGUUAGUGCCUUUGAAUGUAAGCCACAAUAUGGGCACAGAUCUGAUUGACCUUCAAGAAUUGAACAGAUUAUGUGGGUGUUACUAUUGUGCCAUAUGUGUAUGUUAUGCAAUUAA